GGUGGAAGAGCAACAGGAGAAUGGCCAGAACACCAAGGCAGAGCCCCAAGCGGAGCUGCCCGAAGCUCAGGUUUCCAUCAUGGCAGUGAAGAGACAGGACAAGGAGGACAUGAGAAGUGUCCAAGAGGAAAUGAAUCCCCAUCAUCAGAGAGGCGAUCAACAAAACGAGGUGAGUGCUGCAGUGGCAGACCCUCCACUCAAGAAUUAUUUCUCUGGUUUUUUUCAGAACCUCAAGGACCAGGUGGAUGCAGAGCUGCAGGAAACUGAGACUAUGAUAAAGGAAAAGGAGAAGAGGCUGGAGGAAGAAUUAAAAUAUAUCAGAGAGAAAUGUAAUCCUCUGCUUCAGACUGUAGACAAGCAAGUGAAAGUGUUGAGAUCUCGCCUGCCUGCCUCCAAAGACUUUCAGCAAAUGACUGGAAAUAAAAAGCCCUGUAGUUGGUUUGAGGCACUGCAGUGGUCCCAGUCUGAGAUGCUGCAGAUUGGGCACAUCCCGAAGAUGGUGCAAGAGAGGAGGACUCAGUGGGAAAAGAUCUGCACAGGCUCUGUUACUGAACCUACUGCAGCAGCAGCAUUGUCUAAAGGAGCCUUUGUUCCCCAGACUGAGAAGAGAAGUCUGGGAAGUUUGUUCAUCUCCAGCACUGACCCAGCUGCUGCUCAGCAACAGGACACUGAAGAGAAGGACUUGCAGCUACUGAGGAAAAUACUGAACAUGGAAAAUCCUGUGACAAGAUACGUUGAACUGAAAAACAUUGGCAGUGGGACUUUUGGACAGGUUUGUGGGGCCAUCGACAAGACAGCAGGCAGAAAGGUGGCCAUAAAGAAAAUAAAUCUUCAUGGACUGAGCAAGAAGGAACUAAAAGUCAAUGAACUCAUGGUCAUGAAGAAGUAUAGGAAUCCCAGCGUGAUCAGCUGUUUAGACUGCUACCUUGUGCAUGAGCAACUCUGGCUGGUUAUGGAGUACAUGGAUGGAGGCACUCUGAGCGAUGUCAUCAGAAAGACCUGCCUGUCUGAAGGAGAGAUUGCAGCUGUCAGUUGGCAGUGCCUGCAAGGACUGGAUUUUCUUCACAUAAACCACGUGAUCCAUGGAAAUGUGAAAAGCUGCAACAUCCUCCUCAGAACCGAUGGUUCCGUCAAGCUGGCUGAUUUUGACCUCUUUGCUCAGCUCACUCCUAAGCAGAGCAGAUGGAGUUCAGUGACCAGCACUUCUGGGUGGAUGGCACCUGAGGUCAUGGCAGGUCAACCAUAUGGCCCCAAAGUGGACAUAUGGUCUUUUGGAAUUGUGGGCAUUGAAAUGGUGGAACGAGAAGUUCCUUCCCAGAACCAAACUUCUGUCUGGGCUCGACACCUGACAGCCACAGGAGGGACCCCGAAGCUGCAGCAGCCCGAGCUCUUCUCGCCUUUGCUGCGGGACUUCCUGAACUGCUGCCUGCAGACAGACGAGGCGCGGCGCUGCUCUGCCAAGCAGCUCCUGCUGCAUGCAUUUGUAACAUCAGCCAAGCCAGCGUCAACCCUGGCACCACUCAUCAUUUUAAUGAAGAAGAAGAAGACAAGAAUGUAACGACCAUGUCAAGGCAUUAUCUCUGCAACCCUCAUAGAGCAGGAUUGUAGAGAAGGAUUGUGGAUUAGGAUUGUUGAGCAAAAUUAUAAAUAAAGAAUGUUUCUCAAACCUC